AUGUGCUACUACGGAAGCUACUAUGGCGGCCUGGGCUACGGCUAUGGUGGCCUGGGCUAUGGCUAUGGCUGCGGCUAUGGCUCUGGAUAUGGCAGAUAUACCUGCUAUCGCCCAUGCUGCUAUGGAAGAUACUGGUCUUUUGGCUACUAA